AUGUUGAGAACUCAAGCUGCUAGAUUGAUUGCUAACUCUCGUGUUAUCACUUCCAAGAGAACUUUUGCUUUAGCUACUAAGGUUAUUGCUACUAAGCCAACUGCUAGAUUUGUUAAGCCAAUCAUUCCUACUCGUGGUAUCAAGCAAAUUAACUUCGGUGGUACCGUUGAAACUGUUUAUGAAAGAGCUGACUGGCCAAGAGAAAAAUUAUUGGACUACUUCAAAAACGAUACUUUCGCCUUGAUUGGUUACGGUUCUCAAGGUUACGGUCAAGGUUUGAACUUAAGAGACAACGGUUUAAAUGUCAUCAUUGGUGUUCGUAAGAACGGUGCUUCUUGGAAGGCUGCCAUUGAAGAUGGUUGGGUUCCAGGUGAAAACUUAUUCGAAGUUGAAGAAGCUAUUAAGAAAGGUACCUAUGUUAUGAACUUAUUAUCAGACGCUGCUCAAUCUGAAACCUGGUCCACCAUCAAACCAUUAUUAAACAAGAACCAAACUUUAUACUUCUCCCACGGUUUCUCUCCAGUGUUCUCUGAUCUAACUCAUGUUGUCCCACCAAAGGACAUGGAUGUUAUCUUAGUUGCUCCAAAGGGUUCUGGUAGAACUGUUAGAUCUUUAUUCAAGGAAGGUCGUGGUAUUAACUCUUCUUACGCCGUCUGGAACGAUGUUACUGGUAAAGCCCACGAAAAGUCUCAAGCUUUAGCUGUCGCUAUCGGUUCUGGUUACGUGUACCAAACCACCUUCGAAAAGGAAGUCAACUCCGACUUGUACGGUGAAAGAGGUUGUUUGAUGGGUGGUAUCCACGGUAUGUUCUUAGCCCAAUACGAAGUCUUAAGAGAAAACGGUCACUCUCCAUCUGAAGCUUUCAAUGAAACCGUUGAAGAAGCUACUCAAUCCUUGUACCCAUUGAUCGGUAAGUACGGUAUGGACUACAUGUACGAUGCUUGUUCCACUACUGCUAGAAGAGGUGCUUUAGACUGGUACCCAAUCUUCAAGGAUACUUUGAAACCAGUCUUCCAAGACCUAUAUGCUUCUACUAAGAAUGGUAACGAAACCAAGAGAUCCUUAGAAUUCAACUCUCAACCAGACUACAGAGAAAAAUUGGAAGCUGAAUUAGAAACUAUCAGAAACAUGGAAAUCUGGAAGGUCGGUAAAGAAGUUAGAAAGUUAAGACCAGAAAACAAUUAA